GUCUUUUUUUUUUUUUUUUUUUCAUCGUACGGUGACGACGACAAAAUGUUGAUCGAAGAAAGUGUUGAACUUUAAGGACUCCGGAAGAUAUAUCCUCCUCCCGACUGUUGGGUCCUUUUUUUCCAGGAGAGAUGAGAGCUUGAAAGGAUUAUUAGUAUUAUAAAUAGUUGUUUUUGUUGUGGUCGCGCGUCCCUUUGAUAAUACAUACAUGCAGCGAUGGAGGACUUCAACAACGGCCUGGACGGCAACUUGGCGAGCAGGAUGCGCAAAGUCUACGCCGAGCAGUUCCACACGCUCGUCAAGAUGCACCUGUCCUUCGAGCUGGACCUUAACACGGAGGAAAACGACACGGUAACGGAAAAAGCGAAACUAAAGAAGUGGGGUCUGUUGAAUUUUUCUAAAAAAUCCAAGCCUCCACUGAAUACGCAAAAAAGUACAGAAGGUGCCUUGUUGACAAAGGAAGGGAUAAACCAAGUGAAACAGCUAAUUGAAUAUUUGGCCAAAGAAGAUUCUAUAGUUCAAGAGGGUAUUUUUAGACGAACUGGAAAGUUGACAAGGCAGCAAGACUUGAAAACUGCUCUAUAUCAAGGCUCACCCCUUCAUUUGGAUGAAGGGAAAUUUAGCGUGCACGAUUGUGCAUCUGUUUUAAAAGGAUAUCUAGCAGAUCUAUCAGAACCACUUUUAACAGACCUUCAUUACCCAGAGUAUUGUCAGAUAGCUGAACUUUGUACUUCCAGCAGCAGUAGUAAUAAUGAUUCGAGGCUUUUGCGAGCACUCCAACUACUUUUACUUCUUUUACCUCCACCCAACAGAAUCGUAUUAAAACAGAUACUCAAUCUUCUAAAUAAAGUAGCGGAGCACGAGAAUAGCAACAAAAUGAAUUGUGACUCUCUUGCAACGUUGUUUACGCCACAUUUAAUGUGUCCCAGAAAGCUUUCUCCAGAGGCGUUGCACAUGAAUUCGCAAAAUUUGUCAGGACUAGUUUCUUUCAUGAUACAGAAAGGCACAAAGCUGUAUGAAAUCCCACCUAAAUUAUCCACUGAUAUUCGAGCGUUUUGGGUAGAGCAGGAGAAAAAAUUGUUGAGUCCUCAAAAGUCUGAUUUGAACGAGUCGACAACGGAUACGACCGGCACGGCCCACACGGUCUUCAGUUUCGUCGAUCGCAAUUUGACGGCUCAAGCGACCGCGUCGCAAGACACGCAAGCGGCACUCGCUCAGCUAUACGCGCACAUCCAAUCGAUGCCAGAGUCUUCCAAGAAACGUCGGCUUGUCAAACAGUUUAACAAAGAAAACGGCCAAGGCACGCCGCGACACGUUAAACAUAAUUCCUCGGGUGUAGCUGCUGGUGGUAGCGGUGCUGGACGCAGCUUUGGCGACUCGAUAAAAAAACGAAUAUUCCAGAAAAAGCUGCACAAAAAAAUCGUUGACGUUAAACUUGGUUGUAACUUUAGCAGGUCGAGUAGCGAAGAGAAUAUUGUGUUGAACUCUCUCGAAAGUCCCACGCUAUUACCGAAAGUCUUCAGCAAGUCGGAGGACGAGCUCAGCGACUUGGAGAGCUACGACCUCCUCAGCCAGGAGCAGCAGCAGUUGGACAGCGACAACCUGCUCAAGUUGAAACAAAUGAGUAACAGCACCUCAAGCCUCAACACACCCGUUAGCUACAAAUCCAAGAGCAAAGUUAUUCUUAAGAGCUAUCUUAGCAUUAGCAAGGACUUGCUCCGCAAUACGCCCUCGUUUACUGCUACCAAAGACAAAGAAUCAUCUCAUGGCUCUCAAAAAAUUAACAAAGACGAACAGUCCUCGCAAGACAUGUGCAACAAGGCUGAAAAUAACGACGGCGUCGAGGUAGCCGUUUCAAACGUCAACAGCGCUUAUUGUAACGCUGAUAAAGCUGUCGUGGUAACUGUAACGCCAGCACAGGAACGAUUGUUGGAUCCAAUAGUAUCUGACGACAGUCGGAGCAGUGAAACGGCAGCGUUGCUACUGUCUCCGGCUACGAAAAAUCGAUUGAGGUAUUUGUUCGCGGCGCACACGUCCACACCUUCGAAUUUCAUCACCAGAAGCCUGAAUGCCGUUAAUGAUUAUGGAUUCACGCCGAUAACCGCGGAUGAAGAAAGAAGCAUGAGCCCCAUUACCCAAAGCGCUACCAAAAUGACUAAGGCUAUGCAGGAAACAAUGAUGACUCCGAGAUGCCGCAAGCCAGUUAUGGUCUCGGCAUCUACUACGAAUCUCUGCAACCUUCCUACCCUGAACAACGGCUCCAUCCAAUAUGAUUCUACCAACAGUCUGCAAUCGAAUCUCGAUUUACCGGCCCAAAAAACUUACGUGUCGCACCCCAAAGAGUCUACAGUUACAGAUACCCCAAGAUUUUCACAUACAGUUGCUGACAAAGAAAACAUUGAAAAAAUCCAGGGUACCCCAGAAGAGCAGCAAACGUUCGUCACGUGUGUGGAGUACGAUCCCAACUCGACUACAAAAUGUACAACUACCUCGACGAAUCCCAACGCGUUCAAAGAAUACUAUUUAUCGAGAAGCUUACUGUCAGCUAGUCCGGUGGAUUUGAGCUUUACUUCCAGAACAGGUGAUUUUGAGCAGUCCGGAUCGGAUUUGAACGUAAUGGCCGAGGGAGCGACCACACCUGGUUCGGAUACUUCGGGUAUUGCAUCAGGAAGUACAAACAGUAUGAACAAUUCGGGUGACAAGACAGAGAAGGUUCCUUCACCGCGGAAACGAUGCACGAGUCUGGAUCGCAGCGAUUGCAAGCGUCCGAUGGAAGACGAGUCGCAAAGGAGUACAUGGCUGAGGCAAUCGGCUUCGAUCGACAAGUCGACGCUUACGUCGAUGAAAGAUUCGUUAUCGGAGACGUCGUUCUGACACGUAUGUUUGAGCGUUUCGCUCAUUUUUGCGAUUCUGAUUGCAUACUUAGGUUCUAAGUAGAGGCGAUUCAUUGCUUCGAUUAGGCGACGAAUAAUUGUGAAUAUUGUAUUUGCUGCCUUCUUUCCUGUCUAUAUUUUGUACAUUGACGUCGUUACUGUAUGAUUUGUGUACUCUAAAUUUUAAAUCAUACCAGGGUAAAUGCGUGAACAAAUGACAUGACAUGACAAGAAAAUCAAAUUUAAUGAUAAUUUUUUUACACCUUUUUUCGUUACUAAUGGAUACCAAUUUGGAGUCAUUAAUGAGAGGACAAUUUUGCAAGAAAAAUUUGUUGAACGAAAUUUUUCAUUUUGAAGAAAUUAUGAAAAAAAUUGCAUGAAACGAUCAAAAAUUACAAAUGCUCUGAAGUGAGCUUAUUGAGGAUAUUUUUAUUAUU